GUGUCGGUGCUCUCUUGGAGGCUGUAUGUGCGCACAUCAGCCACGAAUCCGUACGUAAAUGAAUAUUACAGCGUGGUUCUGCUACGUAGCACGCACUUCGAGCUGCGAGUAGUCUUGGUGAAACAUUUCUUCCCAGAGAUUCCGCAACACCACCAGGCUUUCGAAAGAUUCCUUCAGGCACACCACCUGGUUUCUUCGUGGCCAUUCGCACCACGACGGUGAAGACAACUGACAUUUCAUUUCGCAAGGUCUAAACUUCCACGAGAGCCGAGAGAACGGGAAAUCCGUGCAGCGUUUUCAAUAGCCACGUUUCCCCUUUCUCAGCGGUAACCCUACCGCGAAGUGCCGCGCAUUUUCCCAUUGCGCUGCUCAACGGCCGACGCCUACGUGUCGGUGCCCCCGGGUAGUCGGGCGCCUAGCUGUCCGGCCCGGGUGGAGAGAGCGUUGGGAACAGUGGCGAUGGUGUCGAAGUUGGAGUCUCGAAGUGAUUAGUGGUUGUCUGGGCAGUAUCAGCGUACUGACGCGAGGGCCACUGCUGCUCAAGGUUGCUUCGUCUACAUUGCGCUUCCUAUUCGCAGCCGACUCUACAGCCGGUGAUCCGCAUCAAAUAUCUACCUGUCAAAGAAAGAGCAAGAUCAUUCCUGCCUUCAGUCAUGAGCGCGUAUACACCUCUGGCUUACUCCUUCGCCCGCAUGAUGGGCCCCGGUGUCAUGGUCUACUUAGACACGCGCACCGACUGGAACGACGUCAUUGCCAUGAAGGGCGCCCGGGAAGUCCUUGAGGGCGUCAAGUAUCCGGGCGAUGAUGUGAGGAGGUCGCUGUAUGCGUCGUGGCUCCGUGUGCUCGCCUCCUGCACGUGGCGCGACUCGUUCGAUCACCUCAUGCUCGAGUGUGUGGUCGCCACGCCGUCUGUUUCAAAACCGGAGACGCCGCUGUACGCGGAUAUUUUCAAGGCCCAUGAUCCCAUCGACCGGCCGUUCCCGAACGUGCUGACGCCUGUCUUAGACCUGGCGAAGAGGCCGCGACUGUUCUCGCGCAAGGAGCCCGUCGAGCCGCUUCCGUCGUCGCCAGGCCUCGUCGACUUCUUGGCAGACCUGCUACGGAAGAGCCGCAGUUCGCGGGCGGCCCUCGACGAGGCCGGCCUGAUCAUCGGCUUCUACAGCCUGGCGCUAGCCACGAUCGCAGCCAAGCCGGCGAGGAACCUGCAGGAUUUCUUCCGGAUCCGGAUGAAGAGCGCGCUCACCGCAGCCGUGCCGACGUCGUUCGAAGGGGAAGUGUUUUGUCCAGGCGGAAGAUUUCUCGCCGAACUCUCCCGCAAAGCUCACGCCAUUAGAAGUGAGGUGAAGCCUUAUAUUGUGCUACUGGUACUCGGUCAGCACUGCUUCCACGCCAACGCGAAGGACGCUGCGCCGAGGGCCGACAUGGAGUUCUUGGAGGAAGGCUUCCUGAAGGGGGCAAAGUUCGGUCAGUUCGAAAUCGUUGAGCUGCUCUACGAGGCGCAGGAAAAGACCGGGAUUGGAGCCGCCUUGCUCAACCGGAAACUUCGAGCAGAAGACAGCUCCUGUGAUCCAGAGGUCACGGUAUCCAGCCACCGCGUUGAAGUGUUCCUGGAAGGCGAUAAGGAACUGUCGCAAAGAACCAAACCAUGGUGCCGUGCUGCAAACAAAAACUUCUUCAUGUACCUAGAAUUUGACGAGAACCUGGCCUACGCCAUGAGGUUGACAGCGCUCGUGGCGCCUGACCCCGGCCAUCAGCUGUGGCAGCGACCGCAGUUCGCCGGCGUCGACCCAUCGCAACGCGCCAAGGCACGACUCUGGGCCACGAACUUCAGGCGCGCCCAACGCGAAGCAGUCGUCGAGGAACCUGCCAAAUCUAACCGCAACCGCCACCGUCAUGACAGCGCUUAGCCUAGUCUCUGACCGGUUUCAGUGUGCUUCUGAAUGUCUGCUUUGUCUUCGUAAAGCCAGCCUUUUUUAAAUAAACUGUUUCAAAUGAUUCUUGCUCAAUGGAAUAAAAAUAUUGGGUUUUCUUACA